GAAGGGAGAAGGAAAGGAUCCAACGAAGAAAGGAACCUCCUUUCCCACAAAAUCAAGAGAGAGUAGAGAGAGAGAGAGAGAGAGAGAGGGAGGAGAGAGAGAGAGUCCGUUUGAUGCCCUGUGAAGCCAUCCACUCAUUCUUCUCCUUCCUUGCUUUGCUUCCACCCUCAACCCCAACAAGAACUUUCCGGGGAGACACAGCCGGAGACGGCCGAGGAAGUGAUUGAUUUCUGCGUUCUUUGAUGAGAUCUUGAGACCCUUUUGGGAGAUCUUUUGUGGGCAUUCGUCGAGAAUUCAUUUUGGGGGUUGAAGGGUUAGGUGUAGUGUUGGUGAUGGAAUUGGACAGCAUUGAGUGUGUGUCCACUGUCGAUGGAGGAGGGGUGGAUGAUGAUCAUGAGAUCCACAAUCUCCACCAUGGCAGCCUCCACAACCACCAUCCCCACCACCCUCUUUCCCACCACUCCCCUCAGUUCUCCGCUUCCAAGCCCCCGAACCCGAUCGCGGCGGCCGGCGCGAAUGUUAGCCCUGCGUCCAACAUCGUGGGGCCCACCGCCAUCGCCCCCGCCACGAGCGUCCACGAGUUGCUCGAGUGCCCCGUCUGUACCAAUUCCAUGUAUCCCCCAAUCCAUCAGUGCCACAAUGGACAUACAUUGUGUUCCACAUGUAAAACAAGGGUCCACAACCGGUGCCCUACCUGUAGGCAAGAACUCGGUGACAUUAGGUGUUUGGCACUGGAGAAGGUAGCUGAGUCUCUCGAACUCCCGUGCAAGUACUACUCUUUGGGCUGCCCAGAGAUUUUCCCAUAUUACAGCAAACUCAAGCACGAGGCGCUAUGCAACUUCAGGCCUUAUAACUGUCCUUAUGCUGGGUCAGAUUGCUCCAUCAUCGGGGACAUUCCGUUCUUAGUCUCUCACCUAAGGGAUGACCACAAGGUGGAUAUGCACACUGGUUGCACAUUUAACCAUCGAUAUGUCAAGUCAAACCCUCGUGAGGUUGAAAACGCUACAUGGAUGCUAACUGUAUUUCACUGCUUCGGGCAGUAUUUCUGCCUCCACUUUGAGGCAUUCCAGCUCGGGAUGGCUCCGGUCUACAUGGCAUUCCUCCGGUUCAUGGGGGAUGAGGCCGAGGCCCGGAACUACAGCUACAGCCUCGAGGUUGGGGGCAACGGGCGAAAGCUGACAUGGGAGGGGACCCCACGUAGCAUCCGGGACAGCCACCGGAAGGUCCGCGACAGCCAUGACGGCCUCAUAAUCCAGCGAAACAUGGCCCUAUUCUUCUCUGGCGGGGACCGGAAGGAGCUGAAGCUUAGGGUCACAGGUCGGAUCUGGAAGGAGCAGCAGAAUAAUCCCGAUGGAGGGGUCUGUAUCCCGAAUCUCUGCAGCUGAUGAAUCAAUCCAUUUAACUGAUUCAGCAUGUUUGCGAUUUUUUUCUUUUCUUUUUUUUUCCCCUCCCUCUUCACGGGUCGAUUUUUUUUGGGGUUCGGUAGCACUGUCCUUUUUGUAAGUUGUAUGUACCGAUUGGAAUUCUUCUGUACUUCUUGAACGAGUUUGUGGUAAGUGUAAUCUAUGGGAGACCGGAGGCUUCUCUCCUCCCUCUCCUAUCUGGGAAAUUGUAUAAAUAAGAUAAAGCUUCUCUCGUCCA